GUGCAGGGGGAGGGGGCUGUGGCGGGCAGGGGUGGUAGUAGUAGUGAAUGACACAGCUCUGCCAGAUGACAGCGGACCUCUGCAUCAGCCAAGAGGAAUUAAGCGUUGUCACUCCCCACUGGGACUACCUUUCUCGUGGUAUGUGCGCAAGGAAUUCGUAGGCUGCCGCUGCAGCCAGCAGAGCAGAGCCCCGAGUACACUUGGCCACAGAAAGCAGGGAGCAAGAAUGAUAGCUGUCUCUUUCAAAUGCCGCUGUCAAAUUCUGAGGCGACUCACUAAAGAUGAGAGUCCCUACACUAAAUCCGCCAGCCAGACAAAGCCGCCUGAUGGAGCAUUGGCUGUGAGGAGACAGAGCAUCCCAGAGGAAUUCAAGGGCUCCACCUUCGUGGAGCUGAUGAAGAAGGAAGGCACCACCCUGGGACUGACCGUGUCGGGCGGAGUGGAUAAGGACGGCAAGCCGAGAGUCUCUAACCUGCGGCAAGGAGGCAUUGCAGCCAGAAGUGACCAGCUGGAUGUGGGUGACUACAUCAAAGCCGUGAAUGGGAUCAACCUGGCCAAGUUCCGCCAUGACGAGAUCAUCAGUUUGCUGAAGAACGUGGGGGAGAGAGUGGUUCUUGAAGUCGAGUAUGAGCUGCCACCAGUCUCUGUCCAAGGAUCGAGUGUUAUUUUCCGAACAGUGGAGGUCACAUUACAUAAAGAAGGCAAUACCUUUGGUUUUGUAAUACGAGGGGGAGCACACGAUGACAGAAAUAAAUCUCGUCCCGUUGUGAUAACAUGUGUUCGUCCUGGAGGGCCUGCUGACAGAGAGGGCACAAUUAAACCUGGCGACAGGCUGCUCAGUGUGGAUGGAAUUCGACUCCUGGGAACCACGCAUGCUGAAGCCAUGAGUAUUCUCAAACAGUGUGGACAAGAAGCAACGCUGCUGAUAGAAUAUGACGUCUCAGUAAUGGAUUCUGUGGCAACAGCAUCCGGGCCAUUACUAGUUGAAGUUGCCAAAACUCCUGGUGCCAGCCUUGGGGUUGCCCUUACUACCUCGAUGUGCUGUAAUAAGCAGGUCAUUGUCAUAGACAAAAUCAAAUCUGCAAGCAUUGCGGACAGGUGUGGAGCGCUGCACGUGGGCGAUCACAUCCUGUCCAUCGACGGCACCAGCAUGGAGUACUGCACGCUAGCUGAGGCGACCCAGUUCCUGGCCAACACCACCGACCAGGUCAAGCUGGAGAUCCUUCCCCACCACCAGACCCGCCUGGCGCUGAAGGGACCUGACCACGCAGCUCUGGUGUCUUCAUCCUUCUCUCCUACCUCCAUGAGUGCAUACAGCCUGAGUUCCCUGAACAUGGGGACUUUGCCUCGCAGCCUCUACUCCACUAGUCCACGUGGAACCAUGAUGAGGAGGAGACUGAAAAAGAAAGACUUCAAAAGCUCACUGUCUUUAGCCUCCAGCACAGUGGGCUUGGCUGGCCAGGUCGUUCACACAGAAACCACAGAGGUGGUGCUGACGGCAGACCCUGUCACAGGAUUUGGGAUCCAGCUGCAGGGCAGUGUGUUUGCCACGGAGACACUCUCUUCUCCGCCUCUGAUUUCCUACAUUGAGGCUGACAGCCCUGCAGAGAGAUGUGGGGUCCUACAGAUUGGAGACAGAGUGAUGGCCAUUAAUGGAAUUCCAACCGAAGACAGCACCUUCGAGGAAGCCAAUCAGCUCCUCCGAGACUCCUCCAUCACGAGCAAGGUCACCCUGGAAAUCGAGUUCGAUGUGGCAGAGUCUGUCAUCCCGAGUAGUGGAACAUUUCAUGUAAAGCUCCCUAAAAAGCACAACGUGGAACUUGGAAUAACCAUAAGUUCUCCAUCCAGUAGAAAACCGGGAGACCCCCUUGUCAUUUCAGAUAUCAAAAAAGGCAGUGUGGCACACAGGACCGGAACGCUGGAACUUGGAGAUAAAUUGCUUGCAAUAGACAACAUCCGCCUGGACAACUGCUCCAUGGAAGACGCCGUUCAGAUCCUCCAGCAGUGCGAAGAUCUGGUGAAGCUCAAAAUCCGCAAAGAUGAAGACAAUUCAGAUGAGCAAGAAAGUUCCGGGGCAAUUAUUUACACCGUGGAGCUGAAGCGCUACGGGGGGCCCCUCGGCAUCACGAUUUCAGGAACUGAAGAGCCAUUCGAUCCUAUAAUCAUUUCAAGCCUCACUAAAGGGGGAUUAGCUGAGAGAACCGGCGCGAUCCACAUCGGAGACAGGAUCCUGGCCAUCAACAGCAGCAGCUUGAAAGGGAAGCCCCUGAGUGAGGCCAUCCACUUGCUACAAAUGGCGGGAGAGACUGUCACCUUGAAAAUUAAGAAACAGACAGAUGCUCAGUCAGCGUCAAGUCCCAAGAAAUUCCCCAUUCCCAGCCACUUGGGUGACCUGGGAGACAUGGAGGAGGACUCCUCGCCAGCACAGAAGCCGGGCAAACUCUCCGACAUGUACCCGUCCACCGUGCCCAGUGUGGACAGUGCUGUGGACUCGUGGGAUGGCUCUGGAAUCGACGCCAGCUACGGGAAUCAAGGGCCCGGCUUUCAGGCCUCGGGAUACAACUUCAACACCUACGACUGGAGGAGCUCGAAGCAGAGAGGGAGCUUGUCCCCAGUCACUAAGCCUCGGAGCCAGACUUACCCCGACGUGGGGCUGAGUAACGAAGACUGGGACCGCUCCACGGUCAGCGGUUUCACAGGGGCUCCUGACGGUGCAGAGGCGGAGCAGGAGGAAAACUUCUGGUCCCAGGCGCUGGAGGAUUUGGAGACCUGCGGGCAGUCGGGGAUCCUGAGAGAGCUUGAGGAGAAAGCCGACAGGCGUGUGUCUGUGAGAAACAUGACUCUCUUGGCAACAAUCAUGUCGGGGAGCACGAUGAGUUUGAAUCAUGAGGCCCCAACACCUCGCAGUCAGCUGGGGCGACAGGCCAGCUUCCAGGAACGGAGCAGCUCGCGGCCACACUAUAGCCAAACAACUCGGAGCAACACUCUGCCCUCAGAGGUGGGCAGGAGGUCCGUCCCCCUGAGGAAAAUGAAACAAGAAAUAAAGGAGAUCAUGUCCCCGACUCCGGUGGAGCUGCACAAGGUGACCUUGUACAAGAGCUCGGACAUGGAGGACUUCGGGUUCAGCGUGGCAGAUGGCCUGCUGGAGAAGGGCGUGUACGUCAAAAACAUUCGCCCGCGGGGCCGGGAGACCUCGGUGGCUUAAAGCCCUAUGACAGGCUCUUACAGGU